CAAUGACUAGCUUGGCGAGUACAGCCCCACCGCUGCUGCAAUCCACAGUGUUGCCUUCAUCCACUAUUUUGCCGGCAUCCUCUGUUUUGCCAGACAUUAUGUGUGCUCUAGGAUUCAUCUGGAUUGUUGAGACAGCUGCCUGCAUGCCCGAUAAUAACAUUCUGCGGCCUCGGAGGAGUGCUCCUGGAUGCCCGAAUGGCUACUUCAUGGACCAAAAAUUCAAAAUGUGCCUUCGUGAAAAGUACCAAGCCAAACAGAUUGCGGGACAAAUAGGACAAUGGUUGCCGAUCUAUAAAACAACAAAAAAGCCGAUCCUUGUUGUAACAUCUCCAAGUGUUAAAAACCCCUUGGAUGGUUAUACUGGCAACUGGUACUCCUAUGGUUCUAACUGGGCCACGACAGAUAGAUAUAAUUUUUAAGACCCAUCAAAUUUAUUGGCCAAAGUUUUCAUUAUGCAUACAAAUACAACUGAAGAGCA